AUGAAAUAAGAAAAAGAGAUAAUAUUUAAUGGAGAUUUCGAAGAUAGCGAAGAAGAAGAUGACGAUUAAUCAUAGGAUUAAGAGAGCGAUGAGGAGUUAAAUAAAAAAAAGAAAAAGAAAUCGCUAUAAAACACCAAUAAAAAUUUAAUAAUGAAUGUCUCAGAUACUUAGUAUCCUGUUGUGAAAUUUGUAGGAAAAAUGAUAUACAAGUUUAAAUUACAAUAUGUUCCCUACUAGGAAGUUAAUAAUUGGGAUUUUUGUUGGACAGAUAAUGCUGUUCUUCCUGAAACUUUGGCCAAAAUGCAAUCACAUUAGAAGAUUAAUCAUUUUCCAGGUAUGUAUUCAUUGGCUCGCAAAAAUCAUCUCGGCAAAAAUUUGAACAAAAUGUAAAAACAAUUUCCAGAUGAUUAUGACUUUUAUCCUAGAACUUGGAUGUUACCAAGUGAAUACAAUGAUUUCAAACAAUAAUUUGGCAAAGCUAAAACAUUUAUAUUGAAACCUGAAGCAUCUUGUUAAGGCAAAGGAAUCUUCUUAACUCGCUCUAUAGAGUCAGUUAAUCCCACUGAACAUUAUGUUGCGUAAAGAUAUAUUCAUAAACCACUUCUUAUUGAUGGAUUAAAAUUUGAUCUGAGAAUGUACGUCUUAAUUUGCGGUUGCGAUCCAUUAAGAAUUUAUUUGUAUAAGGAAGGCUUAGCUAGAUUUGCAACUUAGACAUACAUUGUUCCUAAUACUAAUAAUCUGGAUGAUGUGUGCAUGCAUUUGACUAAUUAUGCUAUAAAUAAAGACAACCCAAAUUUCAUUUUCAACUCUGAUGAAAAGAAAAUGGAUGUUGGUCAUAAAAGAAGUAUGUCGAGUGUUUUUCAACUUUUGAGAGAUUAAAAUCAAAAUGUCGAUUAAUUACUUGAAGAUAUCAAAGAUCUAAUAAUUAAAACAUUUUGUUCAGUUUAGCCAAUUUUACAAUAACACUAUACUUAAGUUGAUAAUUAUGCUAAUAAUAUGUGUUUUGAGAUUCUUGGCUUUGAUAUUCUUAUAGACAGUUCCUUGAAACCAUAUUUGCUUGAAGUCAAUCAUACUCCUAGUUUUACUACUGACACACCAUUAGAUUAAUAUAUAAAAAAGAAUUUAAUAGCUGACACUAUUACAUUAAUGAAUAUCAAUCUAAAAACUAAGAAUGAGGUCAUCUUAUAGAAAAAAGAUGAAAUGCAGAGGAGAGUGUUGACAGGCAAGAAGACAAAAUUAUCAAACGAAGAAAAGAAAUAAAUCAAAUUAUAAUGUUAAAGAUAAAGAGAUGAAUAUGAAUUGCAGAAUAAAGGAAAUUAUGAAUUGAUUUAUCCAUGUUCUAAAUCAUAUGAAGAAUAUUUAUAACAUUCUUUAAAACUCUAUGAAGAAUGGACUGGAGCAAAUAUUAGAAGAAACCAAAAGAAAGAAUCCGUUUAAUUAAGUUAAGAACCUCAGAUUAAAUCAUAAUCUCAACCUAAAAAGAUUAUACUUGAAAAGAGGAGCACUUUAUAUAAACACGUUCAGAGUCGAAUCAAUACAAAUUUAUUUCCCACUAGUAAAAAUGAGUAAAAUAAGGGAGAUGAAAUCAUUUAGGAAGGGGAAGAAUAACCUCCAAAUUAAAUAGAUACUAUACCUGAAGUGGAUAAUGAUAAUUUCUUUCCUUAUGAAGAUUAUUAAUAACAGUCAUUAGAAUCAAUAAAAGACUUAUGUUCUUAUACAGAAAAACGAGGAAGGGAAUUGUAGAUUUUGGAUUUGAUUUAAUAUAGAAAAGCUGAUAAUAGGCUCAACAAUUCUCAUAUUUAGUAAUAAAAUAUUUAAAGCAUUUUAUCUCCACUUUCAUCAAUAAAGGGGGUAUUAUAGGGUAUUGCAAUUAAAAAUGUUAAGCAGUUUGCUAUAAGGAAAAAUAAUAAGAAUGUUAAAUGCUCUUCGAAAUAAAUGAAUGAGAGUGAACAUGAUAAACAGUAAGAGAACUCCUCAAAAAAUUAAAUCAUACCAUCUCAAUAAAUAUAUUAGUAGGGUAACGCAUAAGGGAUGAAUGGAGCCUAUCUUAAACCAAAGGUAUUUAGUUUAAAAUUAUCACAUCCUCCGAAAGGAUAUAAACUUUAAUCUCUCCCAUUAUUAAUACAACAAAAUUAUACUAAAUUUAGAUAUGAAUGA